AUGCAGGCAUCAAGAGCAAGGCUUUUCAAGGAAUACAAAGAGGUGCAGCGAGAGAAAGUUGCUGAUCCAGAUAUUCAGUUAGUUUGUGAUGACUCAAACAUAUUUAAAUGGACUGCUCUCAUCAAGGGACCAUCAGAGACUCCAUUUGAAGGCGGUGUAUUCCAGCUUGCUUUUGCAGUUCCUGAGCAGUAUCCUUUGCAACCUCCACAAGUCAGGUUCUUGACAAAAAUUUUCCAUCCAAAUGUGCAUUUCAAGACGGGAGAGAUUUGCCUUGAUAUUUUGAAGAAUGCAUGGAGCCCUGCUUGGACACUCCAAUCUGUUUGUAGGGCUAUAAUUGCUUUAAUGGCACAUCCGGAGCCUGAUAGCCCACUGAACUGUGAUUCAGGCAAUCUUUUGCGGUCUGGCGAUCUCAGGGGGUACUAUUCCAUGGCAAGAAUGUACACUAAGCUUGCCGCCAUGCCCAAGAAAGGCUGA